AUGGCUCUGUUCCUCCAAAGCGCGUGCAUUCGCAGUCGUACCGUGCUCUUCACUGCCUUUCGAUCCACUCGCAGACUCCGUCCCGACCGCUGCAUGAGCACACAGACUGCCGCUCGUGCAGUGGUCGUGCCAACCCACAUGGCUACAGUCUCUUCAGCUGGACCUGCUGCACCUCCUGAGCUCUCGCAGCUGCAGCUUAACUCAGCAACUCUCACGCAGCUCCAGAGGCAGAUCCAGCGACUUGGAGACGGGCCCAGCAGUCCACGUGACGCCUUUUACGUCGUGGACACGGCGGCCAUUGAAGACCGGUUCAACCUCUGGCGCGAGUACCUGCCGAAUGUUCGACCGUACUACGCAGUCAAGUGUAACCCGGACUUGGCCUUGAUUGAGAGCUUGGCUCGACUGGGUGCAGGCUUUGACUGUGCGAGCCAGACAGAGAUCCGCUCCGUGCUUGGAACGGGCGUCGCAGCUCGUGAUAUUAUCUACGCCAACCCGUGCAAACAAGGCUCGCAGAUUGCGUACGCCCGCUCUCAGGGCGUUGACGUCAUGACGUUUGACUCAUUGGAUGAACUUGUCAAGAUCCAGGUCAUUAGUCCUCAUGCGAAGCUCGUGUUGCGGCUGUACGUGGACGACUCGGACUCGAUCUGCCGGCUGGGCACGAAAUUUGGAGCCAUGAUCCAUGAUGUCCCGGAUUUGUUGAACCAAGCAAAGAUGCUGAAUCUGGACGUUGUGGGCGUCAGUUUCCACGUUGGAAGUGGCUGUUUCAAUGUCGAAGCCUAUGCCAAUGCAGUUGCUCGGGCCCGCAAAGUGUUUGACAUUGGCCACGCACAUGGGCUUAAUUUUGAGUUGCUGGAUAUUGGUGGCGGCUUUCCCGGUACGGAGAAUGGACCGAUUCGGUUUGAAGACUGCGCUCGCGAGCUCAAGAAGUCGUUGGCUCGUCACUUCCCGCGAGACAGUGGUGUUCGGGUUAUCUCGGAGCCAGGCCGCUUCUUUGCGGCGUCUACUCACACAUUGGCGGUUAAUGUUGUUGGCCGCAAGGUGGCACCGGCUUUGGAUGUCCCGGGUCAACCUCCUGUACUUGUCAGUGCUGCUAGUGCUGGAGCAGAUCAAGCACCCAACUAUAUGUAUUUCGUAAACGAUGGCUUGUACGCCUCGUUCAACUGCAUGGUGUACGACCACCCGUCGAUCCAGCCCGUGAUCAUGUCGGAUGCUGCCUCGCUAGAAGCCACGCCCAUGUACAAAGCUAGUCUCUGGGGUCCCACGUGUGACGGCAUGGACUGCAUCAUGAAAGAGGUGGAAUUGCCGCUGAUGGACGUCGGACAGUGGAUCGUGUUUCCGAGCAUGGGGGCGUACACUUGUGCAGCCGGCUCGGACUUUAACGGUUUCCAGCGUCCACAGAAAAUCUAUUUCGACUCGCACUGCGUGGUGGAUGACCAGCAGCAGCAAUUUGUGUACUAG